AUGGCGAGGCUGGCAGGACUACGCUUCCCGGCGUGCAUCGCGCCCGCGGCUAUUGGCGGUGCAUGUCGGGACGCGCGGCGCCGCGUUUCGGCGGGAGGCGGUUGGCGGCCCUCAGGGCGGGGGUCGCCUCACUGUGGGGGAGAGCCCGCUCGAACGCAGGUGGAAAUAAGCUUCUCCUCCCACCUAGGUGCCGUCCUCACCGAAGGAGCUCACCAGCUCCCCGGGUGCCCUGCGUGGGCCACCGGGCGUGGUGUUUUUUCUCCUGUAGCCGUUCCACACCCACGAUGUGUUCUGGUGGUACGGAGGCUGCAGCUUCUGCCCCGGGCCCUCACGUACGCGUGCGGUGGCUCCCGCCAUGGCUUAGCGCGCUCUGAAAAAUGGCUAGUGGAAGCCUUAAGGAGUGAUACGUCGCUUUGUCCUGCUGUGAAUAGUGGCACUGUCUGCAGCUGCGAUGGGCAUGGACGAAGGAAGAUGCAGUUUCACAGCCUUAUCCUCCAUCGGGAGGUCACCAGAGCGUGCUGCCCAGACAGAACCACCGUGAGAGCUGGAACGAGUGUCCCUCAACCCUCCCUCGAAACCUGUGCGGCCAAGGAGCAGAGAGGCAGAUGGAGAAGCACCUACUGUAUUCUGACAGCCUUGUGUGUGCCCGAGUUCGUUGUCCUUCUGAGACACGGGAUGUUAUCCCUUCCACGUCUGCCAUUGUGAAUAAACCACAGAGGCUUAUUGCUCUCA